CAGCACGUUGAUGAUUUGCAGCUUUAUUGAAGUAGACAACACAUGGUAAAAGCAACAGUCAGACGUGAUUCGAGAGCAUGUGCUCUUCCUCAGUGAUGUCAGCGUAUACUCAGGACCAUGGAGAACUAUGUCUUCAAAGUGCACAAUGUAAGAGUGGCUGUUGCCACAGGGAGAGCGGCGUGAGCCUUGCAAGAUGUGCUCCAAAAGCAGCAGAAACUCAGAAAUGUUCACCUUUGCAUCUUACUGGAGUCUACUAUUACUGCCUAUGUGAAAGUGGGCUUAAUUGUGAAGUGGACAGAUCUAUAGUCGGAACCAUCACAAACACAGAUUUUGGAUACUGCAAGGACCCAAAUGAAAGAUAUAUAAAAUAUUAACAGUUAAAAAGUAUCUAUAUUCAUGUUUGAUUUUCAAGAGG